AUGCUCGGUCUCCGUUCUCUAUUCUCAAUUCACCAGUGCCCCACCGCCGAUGAAGCCACAGAGACACACUACAGGCGACGCCAUCCCAGAUCCAAGACCUGCCUUUCAAGAAGGAGAGAGAUAACACACUUUAGUUCCUUGCAAAACAUGAUCGCAAAGACGACGGCUUUAAUAAUUAACUAUGAGUUGACUCCAGAAGCAUUACAACACCUUGAGUGUCUUUAA